GUCGCGUUUGCACACAACAAACGCGCCGCCGUUUUCCGAGAAACGGCUCUGGCUGGAUCAACUGUUUAUCCAACUGCUUUGGCAAUGCGGAGAUAGGAACUACUAACAGGCGAAUCCACCGGGGAAGCGAGUUCAAUUUUCCAGAAUUUCGCGGACGGGAACAAGUAACAUGAGGAAGCCAACGGUACCAGAGCUUGCCAUCGGUUUGAUCGUGAUGUUCCUGAUGGUUGGAGCAAGUCGCGCACAAACCACGACAACCACCACCAAGACAACGCCAGUGACCACGUGUUCCGGUGCGAACGAAGAACGAAUAGAGUGUGGACCGCUCUGUGGCGAUAAGACGUGCACGGCAAUGAGGGCAUUUAAUCCGGCUAGUGUUCGCUGCUCGAAAGCAUGCGCCCCAGGCUGCUUCUGCAAGAGUGGUUACGUGCGUAACUCGAAGGGGAUGUGCAUUCUGCCGGUAGGUUGUCUGACUUGAAGUGUCAAUGUUUUUGACUCGUAUUACAUAGUAGCUUAGUGUAGUAAUAAAGUAUGUUCGAUCGAUGAACCUAA